AUGGGCUCUAUUGAAUCGACAAAGAUUCGAGAAAUCGAAACACGGUUAUUCAUUAAUGGAGAGUUCGUGGAAUCGUCCGACAACCGCACGUUCGACUUGAUAUCGCCGACGACAAAUGAAAAGUUUGCCGAAGUCCACGAAGCGAGUGAAGAUGAUACAAACGCAGCAGUGGCAGCCGCAAAGGCAGCCUUCCCGGCGUGGUCUGCGCUCUCGCCACCUCAGAGAGGGGCCUACUUCAAGAAGUUGGCCGCCUUGAUUCUUGAAUCGCACGAGGAACUUGCUCAACUGGAAGCUAUGUCAAUGGGUCGUCCUGUCUCGGGCUAUUUUGAUUCCUAUGCAGCAGCGAUCACCUUCGAUUUCUUUGCUGAGAACGGCUAUCAGGCUCUAGGAACAACCAGUCUUAAUACCCCUGGUUAUGUCAACAUGACUGUUCGUCAGCCCUUCGGUGUUGUCGCUGCCAUUAUUCCUUGGAAUGUUCCGAUUUUGUUCCUCGCGGGCAAGUCUGCCCCUGCCUUGAUUGCGGGAAACACAGUGGUGAUCAAGAGUAGCGAAAAGGCGCCCUUAACUUCCGCCAAAAUUGCGACGCUUGUGGAAAAGGCCGGCUUUCCCCCGGGUGUGAUCAAUAUCAUUUCGGGACAUGGUCAAAUCUCAGGCUCCGUUCUAUCCCACCACAUGGAUGUCCGUGUGUUGAGCUUCACGGGAUCGGGAAGAACAGGGCGUUUGAUUCAGACUGCUGCUGCCGAAUCGAACAUGAAGAAUGUAGUUCUGGAACUUGGUGGAAAAUCCCCGGCGAUCAUUUUCCCCGACGCGGACAUCGAAAAGGCCGUUGAGGAAACGAAGCACAGUAUUCAGUGGAAUAGCGGUCAGGUGUGCAUGGCAAACUCGAGAAUCUAUGUCCAUGAAUCGAUUGCACCCACCUUCAUCGAGUUGUUCAACAAGCGAUUUGCCGCCGUUUCAAUCGGUGAUCCGCUUCUGCCCGACUCGAACCACGGACCACUGGCAGAUGAAGCGCAAUUCAAGCAGGUCAAGGCUUAUAUCGAAAAGGGGAAGGAAUCCGGUAAGAUGUCUCUGGGAGAAGAGACAAUCGAUCACAAUGGGUUCUUUAUCCCACCCACGGUGUUCCUGGAGACGCAAGAGGAUGCACAAGUGAUGAAAGAGGAGAUAUUUGGACCUGUGGUUAAUAUUAAUACCUUCUUGGAUGAAGAUGAUGUGGUUGCAAAAGCCAACGACACUGAGUUUGGUCUCUAUGCUGCAGUCUAUACCAAGGACAUCAAUCGGGCCUUGAGAAUAGCCAAGAAACUGGAGUCUGGAACUGUCGGAGUUAACUGCACUAGCCCAACUGCGGCUCACGAUAUGCCGUUCGGAGGGUAUAAGAGCAGUGGGCUCGGAAGGGAGGGAUGGACUGUUAGCCUGAACAACUUCCUUGAGACGAAGACCAUUCUGGUGAAGGUUGAAGAAGAUGCUUGA